GGCCGGUCAGCCAGCCAGCCAGUUCGUGACAGUGCGAUUCGGUACGCGAGAGACAUCGCACCCUCAGCAUCAAUACCAAAGACUCAGCUAUUGCAGGUCUGACACACAUAUACACACACACACACUCUCUCUCUCUCUCUCUCUCUCUGCCCUGUCUCAGACGAACCGAAAAAUUAGUUUCGGGCUCGUUUCUGAAUAAUUGGGUUCAAGACAACCCAGGAUUCUGGGCCCGGUCGGGUUUCCCAGGGCCAGCGGCAGCCAUACCGCGAACCCCAGAUGCAGCUAUGGUGCCUAGGCCCCCAGUUGCAGUUGGAGCCGCGACCUGCGCUCCUCCGCACACACGUGCUCCAACUUCUUUGAACGGCACAACGGUGGCGCCGUACCGUUAGAGUCUGACUACCGAACCACCUGCAUUCUUAACCCGUCACAGGCCUGUGGCUUUCCUAUUUUCGCCACCGUCGACACGCGCCACAACCACGGCCACGGUACCUAUUCAACGACGCACCUCAAUCACAGCGACAAGUUAUAAUCCCUGGGCGGCAACCGGAGCUCCCACAACCCCAAGUGGUAGCCCGAAGUCGCCGCGUUGAAUUUCACUGGGGUGUGAUUAUGAUUCGGUGAGCUGCAGGCUGGAGUCGUCAACAUGUCGGACACUGGAGGGAAAAGGUUGACGGUGCCCAAGUUCUCGUCCUUCAAGCCCAAAGCUUCGACUUCUACACCUUUAGACACCAAAACUUCCCACGACCGCAAGGACGAGAAGGACGACAAGUUCAAGGAGAGGCGAUCUCGCCAUGAGCCUCGGCAUCAUGAAGACCGCAAAGAGCAUCGCUCUGAGCAUCGCCAACAUCGUCGCAAAAGGAGUCGCAGCCGAAGUCGGGACCGGGCAGUUGUUAAAAGGCCAGAUUUGUCAAAUGUCUUGAGCGUCGCCGAAGGUAUCUUCUUCUUCGACAAAAAGGGCGACCCCCUGAUUAGGAGAUACGGUGGCAACGAUCGCUCUCGCGUGCCCAUGUACCGUCGUGGGUACCGGGGACGAGUCCUCGGCUCUGAUGGCUAUCUAUUCAUCCACAGAGAUGGUUCAUAUGAGCAGUUCAGCAUUCGAAUGCCUGGAGAAGGCAGCUUGUCCUCCAGAGACAGAGCCCUGUUCCAACCCAAGGUUCAUCGAGCCAAGCCAAAGCGCAUACGAUUGCGAAACGAGCCUAGUGGAAACCUCUCACAUGGCGUUGAAGAAGACUUUGUUCCGCUGAGCACUUUGAGGCGACGGCACAUUGAAGAGUCACAGUCUUCCGGCGACGAGAGGCCCUCGUACCGAUCUAUCGAGGGCAAGGCCAAGGCUCACGAGUUUUCUGACAGCGAUAUCGACCUUGACUCUGAUGCUCAAGAGGAUACUGGCCUCGAUAUGGAUGACCCUUUGAAACAGCGCUCCAUUCAGCUAUCCAGAAAAGUCAAGGAGCAUCCUGAGAACAUUGAGGCUUGGCUUGAACUCAUCGGGCAUCAAAACGUCCUCUUGAACGCCGGGCAGAGCUUGGACCGUGAAGUUACAAAAGCUGAAGUUCACAGCUUCGCCGAGAUAAAAAUAUCAAUGUUUGAGUCUGCAUUGGCCCAAGCAAAGAAGCCUGAGGAUGAGGAGCGCUUGCUGCUCGGUUUGAUGCUUGAAGGCUCCAAAGUUUGGUCAACCUCCAAACUUGACAAUCGUUGGGAGGAUGUGGCGAAGAAGCACGACUCGAGUUUCUGUUUGUGGAAAGCCAGAGUCGAUAACAAACUCACCAGCCUAUCGACGUUUCAGUACACUGAUAUCAAGGCCAUGCAUAUCAACCGACUACAGGCCAUUCUCAAGCAGGACAAGGUCUCAGUUUCGCCAUUUCCAGGCCACGCGACGAACGAUUCGGAGGUCUCACGCUACGAGCAAAUGAUCUUUGUCUUCCUCAGAGCCACGAGAUUCGCCUACGAUGCCGGGUUCCGCGAAAUGGCUGUUGCGGCAUGGCAGGCACUCCUUGAUCUCAACCUCCAGCGGCCGUCAAAUUGCGAUGACGUGGCAGAGUUACAGGUACUCGAUUCUUUCAGAGACUUCUGGGAAGAUGAGGCGCCAAGGAUAGGGGAGAAAGGCGCUUCUGGCUGGAGGCACUAUGUCCAGGUAAACGGCACCGUCGACCUACCAGAAUCACAAAAAGACGACGGUGCGAUUCAAGGGUCUCGGGACGUGUACAGAUCGUGGGGCGCAACGGAACGCCUCCGAGCAACCAACGCAAGGAGCCCAGCACGAGCCACGGAUGAUGUCCUCGAAGACGAUCCCUAUCGUGUCGUCAUGUUCUCUGACAUUGAGGAAUUCCUGUUCGUUAUACCUUCGAGUGCCGUUCCUACCGUCUGGAAACAACUCGUUGACGCGUUCCUACUCUUUUGCUGUCUGCCCCCGGCAUUCCGAGCGAGUGCCUGGACCGAAGCAGCGGAGAAUGACACGUUAAUCACAGGCAGCAGGAGCUUGUUUGAGAACGAUGUACUCCAGAAGCCGAAUGAACCCGAUGUCAUGGACGAAUCUAAAAAGACACCGACAUUCAAACAAGACGGAUCUUGCCUCGUAGCGUCACCCGAUUUACUCUUUGCUGGCCCUGACUGGUUCUCGCUUUUCUCCGGUUGGACUAGUACAUCGAAAGUUUUGGAUGGGCCAGUGAAUCUAACCUUGGUGACAAAUGCGGUACGGCUGCUCGUGAGCUCAAAGGAAUUCGGAGAGCUUGCUGAAUACUCGCUUUCUAUUGAAGCGAUCAAUGAACCUCAUAGCAUCAAAAAACGUGCCAAAGCCUUGAUCAAACAAGACCCGGCCAAUCUGAAGUUGUACAACGCCUACGCCUUGGCUGAGUUCGUCUAUGGAAAGGUAGAGGUUGGCUUUCAAGUAGUUGCGUCGGCUACCGGCUUGGUCUCUACUCCCAACAACAGUGAGGGGAGGAUCCUAUGGAAAACAUGGGCCUGGAUGGAACUCCAUGCCGGGAACAACGCACAAGCUAUUGUCCGACUGUGUGCCUCAACGGAUGGGUCCUAUGUGAAUGCCCCUGAGGCAGUGACCGGGGCUCCCUCACAGCUUCUCAAGGCACAGCAAUCACUUUCAGCAAGCGUGGAACACGAAACCUCUGCUGGGCAGCUAGAUGAUGCUAUCACCACCGCCGAAUGUCUAGCACUCCUAGAAUACCUCACAGCACAGGAAGGAUCCGAACCAACAUCCGAAGCCCAAGGAAGCAUCUCAUCAGCCAUGGAGAGAAUCUGGACCAUGUCUUCAGAGCUAUGUGCUAGGGGCCAGUCCAAGUCACCAACUCACGAGAAGCUUCUGCAAGCUGGCGCAAGGCUUCUUUACUAUCACGCCAGUCGAGGGCCAUUUCGACGUGCGUAUCUUCGAGAUCAGCUCAGUCAAUUCAUUGAGUUGUUCCCGCGAAACACAAUCUUCCUGAGCCUAUUUUCCUGGGCAUCGACCACAUUUGGCAUUGAUGACCCGGUUCGUGACAUCCUUCGCAAGGUUGCUCUCACGAACGAAAACGACUGCAUCAGCAAUCGCAUCUUCGCGAUCCGCUAUGAGCUACAGAGAGGAAACGUGCAUUCUACACAAGCGGCCUUUGAGAAGGCACUCGACAGCCCUGCAUGCAGAUCCAAUCCAGGUCUCUGGCGAUGCUACAUCAGGUUCGGUUACGCCAGGAAGCAGUUCAGGAAUAAGGCCAAGGACGUCUUCCUCCGAGGUCUGCGGCAUUGCCCUUGGUCCAAGGAACUGGCCCUCGAGGCAUACACGACUCUCAUCAAUGUCAUGGACGAGUUUGAACUCAAAUCUAUUUUCGACGCGAUGUUGUCCAAGGGGUUGCGGAUACACGUUGACAUGGACGAUUUUAUUGCCAACCACGAGAAGGCGAGAGCAGACCUAUCUGAGGCUUCUCGGACGAAGCGUAACAGGACGGGGGGGGGAUAGCCUAGUCGCCAAUGUAACAACGAACUCCAGCCAUGAUGACGGGGUCUGAUGAGGUGAUUCAGGGCGGUGAACCAUCAUGAACAUGAACCAGUGGUGAGAUGCCACUGCAGGCUCCUGGCGUCAAACAUGACUGCAUCCAAAUCUUCUGCAUAGGGACUAGCUUGGCUGUGGGACGAGUGGUUAGGAUUGAGAGUAAUGUGAGGAGUCAGAGUGGCAAUGCACGCAGCAGAAGAAGAUAUCCUAAGAAGGCAAAGCAGGUUUGGAAUGUUAGGUUAGUAAUAGAGACCCAGCGAAACAC